AAGUGUACCAGAGUGGGACGUCCGCUCCCUGUACUUCCUCUGCUUUGCGCGCGCACGCAGACGCGCACGCUCCCGCACAGGGAGAGAAGUGGAAAGUGUUUGGAUUCGAGCGCAGAGCAGAACACACUUCUGCAGAAAUUCAUGCGAACGUAUCCGGCGUCCAAAGGACAUCCAACCCCCGCGUUCAGCGCCAGGAAGUGGAGCAUUCUUCUUUCUCGCUUUCGUCGCGCUGAUGUGAGAUGGUGACAAAUCUCCUGGUGGUACAGACGCAAAACUGCGAGCGGCGUGUAAAUGUUGUGAUUUGGCGACAGGAAGUGAUGUUUUCAUCCCAAGAAAUGUGAAGCGAGAGGACACCAAGGAGGACAAGCAGGACGCGUUGCGGAAGAUCGUCUGUCCAUGUCGUCCGAAAGCAGCUCGCCACCGCCGCCUUCGCCCCCUCGGCGCGCGUCUCCCCAGACUCCCUCGCCGCCGCCCGUCCCGCCCGACGGCCUUCGCGGGCGGCUGUACGACGGCCCGGCCGGCGGCUCCGUCCACGCCGUCUCCUUCCUGAUCCAGAUCGGACUCACCCGGGAGCCGCUGACCCUGGACGCCGCCGGCCUCUCGAUGUCGGCCGUCAUCGAGUUCAUCUGCGCCGUCGUCGAUCACAAGUUCCCAGAAUGCGGAUUGUUGGGGAUGCGCGACAAGAUCUUGCUUUUCCGCCACGACCUCAACUCGGACAACAUCCUGCAGCGGGUCACCGCCGCCGAGGAGAUUCACGAGGGCGACCUGGUCGAGGCGGUCCUGUCAGCUCUGGCGUCAUCUGACGACUUUCAGAUCGGCCCUCACGCGCUCUACGUGCACUCGUACCGCGCGCCCGCCUUCUGCGAUCACUGCGGCCAGAUGCUGUGGGGGCUCGUACGCCAGGGCCUCAAAUGUGACGGUUGUGGUCUAAACUUCCACAAGCGUUGUGCGUUGAAGAUUCCAAACAACUGCAGCGGUGUCAGAAAGAGGCGAUCCUCCAACGUUUCCCUGAGCAGCGGACCCGCUUCCCUGGCACGCCCGCCUUUUGGAGACUUCCCCAAAAGGAACAGCAGCCUGCAGGAUGAGGAGCAGCGUGAGUCUCUGAGCAGCCAUCCCGCCUGGAUGGAGAAGAUGCUCCCGGGCCGUGUGAAGUUGCCCCACACGUUCUCCGUGCACACGUACACUCGACCCACCGUGUGUCAGCACUGCAAGUGUCUGCUCAAGGGUCUCUUCAGACAAGGCCUGCAGUGCAAAGAUUGUAAGUUCAACUGCCACAAGAGAUGCGCAGCCAAAGUUGCUCGAGACUGCAUGGGGGAGGUCCACUUCAAUGGAGGAACAUCCAGUCCCACCCUGGACGCAGAGUCCACCAUGGAGGUGGACAACAGUCAUGUCGGCAUCGACGGAGGACACAGCGCCGCCGAGCAGGACCGAGCGGCCGUGUUGGAGGUUUGCAAGAUCUCCAAUGACGGAUCCUGCAAGGAUCCUGAGAAGGACGACGACAAAGACGACGGCAAAGACAAUGAGAAGGAUGACGACACGGAGCGAGACAUCAGCCCGUCGACCAGCAGCAACAUCCCUCUGAUGCGAGUGGUUCAGUCCAUCAAGAACGCCAAAAGGAGAAGCUCCACUGUGGUCAAAGAAGGUUGGAUGGUCCACUACAGUAGUCAUGACAACAUGAGGAAGAGACACUUCUGGCGUCUGGACUGCAAAAGUCUGACGCUGUUCCAGAACCACAGCGGAGCCAAGUUCUACAAGGAGCUGUCGUUGUCGGAGAUCCUGCGCGUGGAGGCGUCACAGGAAGUCGUCGGUCCGACGGCGGGCAGCAACGCUCCGUGCUUCCGCUUGGUCCUGUCGUCCGGCCCCGUCUACUACGUGGGCGAGGACGAUGGCGGCGCGGCUCAGGAAAUGGGCCGCAGCUGGGAGAAGACCAUCUGCCGUGCCAUGAUGCCCCUCACACCCAAGCCCAGCCUGGGCACCGGACAGGGGUGGAAACACAAGGAGGUGACCAUCUGCAUAUCAGUUUGUAACUCGCAGAUCCAAGAGAACGUGGAUAUUAGCUCCGUCUAUCAAAUCUUUGCUGAGGACGUUCUUGGGUCAGGACAGUUUGGCAUCGUGUACGGAGGCCAACACAGGAAGACUGGUCGAGACGUGGCCAUCAAGAUCAUCGACAAGAUGAGAUUCCCUACAAAGCAGGAGAGCCAGCUGCGGAACGAGGUGGCCAUCUUGCAGAACUUGAAGCACCCCGGCAUCGUAAACCUGGACUGUAUGUUCGAGACCCCCGAGCAGGUGUUUGUGGUCAUGGAGAAGCUCCACGGUGACAUGUUAGAGAUGAUCUUGUCCAGCGAAAAGAGUCGCCUGCCGGAGCGUCUCACCAAAUUCUUGGUGACGCAGAUCCUGGUGGCCCUCAGACAUCUUCACUUCAAAAACAUCGUCCACUGCGACCUAAAGCCUGAAAACGUCCUCCUGGCAUCAGCUGAACCUUUGCCUCAGGUGAAGCUGUGCGACUUUGGCUUCGCCCGCAUCAUCGGCGAGAAGUCCUUCCGCCGCUCUGUGGUGGGCACGCCGGCCUACCUGGCGCCGGAGGUUCUUCGCAGCAAAGGCUACAACCGCUCGCUGGACAUGUGGUCGGUCGGCGUCAUCGUCUACGUCAGCCUGAGCGGAACCUUCCCCUUCAACGAGGACGAGGACAUCAACGACCAGAUCCAGAACGCCGCCUUCAUGUACCCGCCCAGUCCUUGGAAGGAGAUCUCUGAGGAUGCAACAGACCUGAUCAACAACCUGCUGCAGGUGAAGAUGAGGAAGCGCUACAGUGUGGACAAAUCUCUAAGUCACCCGUGGCUGCAGGACUUCAACACGUGGAAGGACCUUCGGGAGCUGGAGAUGCGACACGGCGACCGCUACAUCACACAUCAGAGUGACGACGCACGCUGGGAGGGAUUCGCUGAACAGAGGGGACUGCAGCACACGCAAUGCGCGUCCGCCUCCUCGCCCCAGGCGGAACGCGUGGACCAGGACUCCUAGUGCACGACUUCUUGGACAUUUGGAGGAAAAGCGGAUCUCGGUGAACCCCGCGACCGGAAGCUGCGCCGGGCUCUUCUUCUUGUCCAGCUUGAGCCCGGCGGCCGUCUGGGGCGCGGCGAGUCGGCGAGGGUGCAGCAGGCCGAAGAACAGGAAGCGGUCGCCC